GUUAAAGGCGGAGUUUAUUGAGGGCAAAUCACCAUGCUGCAACUCAGAUGAAGAUUUAACCCUUACUGAAGAAACUAAUUUUGGCUAGUAGAAAUAGAAAUGACUGUUAGUCUUAAUGAAAUAAGAUUUUUUAUUCCAAGUGAAAAGAUUAAGCGCAACAGCCUAAAGGAUCUAUCUGUAAAUGGCCUAAUUAUGGAGAUCGGAUGCAAUCACGUCGAGAUCUCCGGUUCGAAACCAGGGAAAUUUAUUCUUAUGAGAAAAUCGCGCUACCGUUGUCGUCACACGGCCUUCUAUAACUCAUCACUUGCAGUGUUCAUGAAACGAGUACAAGUCACUAAGGAAAUUAGACUGGAAAAGAAUCGAACCGUGGUCUUCUGCAUAUGAGCGAAACUAUCUGUCCAAAUGAAGUAACUUGCGACGGUCUUUCAGGGCACGGCAUGGAGGUCCAAGAUGCAGAGAAGCCUAAAGAGGAGCUUAAAGUGCUGGCUAACACAGCCGCGAGUCCUGAAGAAAGUAAUUUAUCAAUCCAAGAACCCUCCCAAGGUCAGCAGUUCGAAUCCCACCCUGACCCCGAGGGUUUCAAUAAAGACUCAGGCCGGAAACCAGACCCCGAGGGUUCCAAUCAAGACUCAGGCAGCAAAUCUGAACCUGAGGGUUUCAUUAAAGACUCAGGCCGCAAACCCUACCCCGAGGGUUUCAAUCAAAAUUCAGGCAGCAAACCCGACCCUGAGGGUUUCAGCAAAGACUCAAACCCCACACCCGAACCCGAGGGUUUCAAUCAAGAUUUGGGGCACAAAUCCACCACGCACCGCGAGUUUGAGAUAGAAUAUGAUCUGUACAAGACAAAUGAAGCUGUUUUGAAAGAGCUGAAGGAUCUGGAAAGCAGUACGCCUACACCGAGAAUAUCGACAUCUACCACAAAUAAAGGGAAAUCGAGCAGGGGAAAGAAAGGUUGGGCAAUGGCGACGGCGCAGAAGAUGUGCAAUUGCGCGGCCACCUCGGCGGCGGACUGCGCAGCCGUGUGCUGCUGCCCCUGCGUGCUGGCACACCUUUUAGUCCUGGCGCUUGUGAAGUUGCCCUCAGUCCUCGCCAUUAAAGCUUUUCGCUAUACCAAAAGAACGGCUCAGAUUAGCAAGAAGAAGAAGACUGAUGCAGGGGAGGAUCACGAAGACGAUGGAAGUAUUAAGAAGAUUCAGUCUUAUAAGAGUGGGUGGUCUCUGUCUGUAACUCCUCAUUUCAGUGGCCCUCUGGAGGGAUCCCCUGCUCGCACAGUAGAGGAGCGAAAGGCAGAGAGUCAAAAGUUCUGGCAAGAUCUCUAUGCGGGCGGUCAUCUGGGGUUUGGGGGGCCCGCCCUGGAAAGAGACCGAUCCUGAGCUUUAGGACAGGAUAAUUUGUCAAGUGUGGAUGAUAAAGUUGCAGCAGCUGUGACCAAAGUCAUGGUUUGCUAUAGAGCAUAGAUGGUAUUUUUUAUCCUCAUAUUAAUGCUAAAUUUUAUUUAUAUGU